GAUAAUGGGACCCCAUCAUACACCAGAGACGACACACGCGAACCCGGGCUUGAGAGACACGCUAGGCAAUGAUCAUCUAACCCUCUUGCCACCCCGUGUGGGCACCUAGGUGCUCCGGUGCUCCGGUGCUCCGUUGAUCCACUGCCUUGGUUCCCUGGUUGCCCUGCUUCCCGAUACUCAUAAGUUCCUCACUUUGAUUGGCUUCGCCCACUCAGUUCCUCUCAUAACGUAGUCAUGUUCGGUUCGCUGCUGCUGGGUAUUGCUACACUGCUGGGCCUGCUGUACGGCUUCCUGGUGUCCACCUUCGGGCACUGGCGCCGGCGGGGUGUUCUAGAGCCACGUGUCCGGCCGCUGCUGGGUUCAUUUCCCAAUAUUAUUUUUCCACGCCAGCACUUUACCAUGGACAUGCGGGAUCUGUACAUGCAAUAUCGUGACUCGGAGAGCUACCUGGGUUGCUACCUGCUGCGUUCCCCAAAGCUGCUGGUUUUGGAACCGCGGCUCAUCUACGAGAUCUUUGUGAGUGCCUUUCGUCACUUCGAGGACAACGACGCCUCCCAGAUGGUGGACACAGCCAAGGACCGGCUGAUUGCCCUCAAUCCCUUUGUGCUCGAGGGCGAUGAGUGGCGUCGACAGCGGGCCAUCUUCUCCACUUUGCUGACCAACGGACGCAUCCGCACCACGCACGCCAUCAUGCAGCGCGUCUGCCGGGAUCUCUGUGACUACAUCAAGUGGAAGGCACCCAGCGGCAAGGACCUGGAUGCCGUUGAUCUUGGCCUGCGCUUCACGGGCGAAUCCCUGUUCGACUGCGUCCUGGGCAUCCAAGCGCGCACCUUUACCGAGAGUCCCCUCCCAGUGAUGCGGCAUAACCAGGAGAUGUCUGCCGAGAACCGAGGAUUGGCCAUUGCCGGCGCCGUCUGCGGGCUGUUCCCGAACCUGCCGCGCCGCCUGCGUCCCAAGGUGUUUCCUCGCUCCUUUGACCGCUUCUUUGGCCACAUGAUCAGCAAGGCUUUGCGUCUGCGUCGUGGCCAGCGGCUGGAGCGGAACGACUUCAUCAAUCACCUGCUGGAGAUGCAGCGGGAGCACAGCCUUAGCGAGGAGGACAUGGCCUCCCAUGCCAUGACCUUUAUGUUUGAUGGACUGGACACCACCUCCAACAGCAUUGCCCACUGUCUGCUGCUGCUCGGACGAUAUCCGGAGUGCCAGCAACGCCUGUUCGAGGAACUGCAGCAGGCGAAUCCCAGCGGACAGCUGCUUGAUUUGGACGCACUGAUCGAUCUGCCCUUCCUCAGUGCCUGCUUUGAUGAGAGCAUGCGCAUCUAUCCCGCCGCCGGCUGGGCCUCGAAGACCUGCACCCGGGAGUACGAGCUGCGGGGCAGGCAUCAUUCGGUACCCCUCAAGGUGCGACCUGGCGACAAGCUGAUGAUUCCCGUGUACGCUCUGCACCACGAUCCGGACUACUACCCAGAGCCGGAGGUAUUCCGGCCGGAUCGUUUCCUGGACGGCGGAUUGAAGAGCUACAAACAGCAGGGCGUGUUCUUUGGCUUCGGCAACGGGCCGAGGCAGUGCGUCGGCAUGCGUCUGGGCCUGGCCCUGGCCAAGGCCGCCUUGGCGGCCAUUGUGCAGCGCUUCCAGGUGCUGGUCAGCCCGCGUACCCUGCCGGGCAUCGAGCUGGAUCCGCACAUCUUUGUGGGCGUCCACAAGGGCGGCAUCUGGCUGCAGUUUGUGGAAAGGGAGAGGAGGUAGGGUCGGCCCUUUUCCAAGGUUGGAAGAGAUUGAAUAAAAAUUAGAGUGGGUCUUGGGCGAUCAGCAUUCAUCGGGGAAUUAUGUCAUCGAGCUGUGUCCAAACAGUUUAUAUUCAUCAAUGGGACCGCCGUAAAUGCACGCAGCGUACACUGGGCGAAAUAAUUUGGCAUUAAAAGGGGGUUUUAAUUGGGGCUUAGAUAAGGUUUAUUCAUUUAAAUACUA